GAACCGGAGCGUCGCGUUGUGGAGCGCGCUGUGGAGGAUCUGAUAGUACGCUGAAUCCCACCCAUGAGAGGGCGGAGAUAUCAUCAGAUGGACGACGUGCGCGAGUGAGACGCAUCGCUCGAGAGUCUCGAGACUAACCUCUACGCGACCGCGAGCAGCGUAGAAUGUGACUCGCGUCAAAAGUUCUCUCCCUCGCGUCAGUCCGCGUUGGAUUGCUCCGAUUCGUGAUGCCGUUUUCGACUGCCCGGCUGACCAAGAAACGGAGGAGACCACGAGGUCGCGUAGGUUAUCGACGGCACGACGAUACGCUCUGAUGAAAUCAUCCCCCAGAAGUGAAAAUGCUAGAUGAAAGUGUCCAGUAUUUGUUAGACAGAUGAAGAUACGUAGCAAUUAAUUCCAAUAUAAACAUGGUGGGAAAUACUUUCGAGGCACUCCCGUUCUACCACAGCGGUGCCGGGAGGGAGACGUGCCAAUGGUUGGGGCAUAUCAAACUGUCGAGGAUAAUAAUUUUGACGUCUAUAGUCUUAUUUAUUGUGCCAUUAUUUACGCAUUACUAUUUAUCUAAGGUAGAAUCAGACGCUCCGGAUAGGGAUAUGUACAGAACGUUCUCAACGUUGGAGGCUUUCGAGGAUUUCACGUCCAUGAAGGCCUCGCAGCUGAAGAUGAGAAUAGAGGAGAUGUUCCGCAUAAAGAUUUCAGUGAGCAACGAAUUGAGAGACCUGAGCGCCAAGAGGCAAAGACUUCAGGGCGAGGUGAACAGCCUGACGCAGAAGAUAGACGAGCUGAAGCAGGAGUUGCUGCAUCAGCAAACGGAUCUCGAUAGACUGAAGAUAAGCGUGGAGCAGGCGCAGGUGGCGCAGAAGGAGGCGGUCGAGAGGAACACGCCUGAAUUGGCGCCACCCAAGAGAAUAUUGAUCAACACGCUGCCAGUUGUACUGCCCAGCACAGAUCCGCGAUCGUGUAGAAUGUAUAAUUGUUUCGAUCACAGUCGUUGCGCGCUGACAAGCGGUUUCCCUGUGUACUUAUACGACCCGGAUCAAUUGUCGGUAGUUAAUCCAGGAUGGGACGUAGACGGUUUCUUAAAGACGACUAUUAAACAAACGUUAGGGUACAAUCCGCAUCUUACUAGAAAUCCAGCAGAGGCAUGCGUUUACAUAGUCUUACUUGGUGAAGCGUUAAGCCUCCAUCAAAAGAGCGAUCGACGUCACAGUAAACCUUUAGAUAUAAAGAAAUUACAUGCACUUCCCUAUUGGGGUGGAGACGGUAGAAAUCAUAUAUUAUUAAAUCUUGCACGUAGAGAUUUAUCUGCAGAUUCUGGAAAUAUUUUCAGUAAUCUGGAUAUUGGCAGAGCAAUAGUAGUGCAGUCGACGUUUUAUAGAAACCAAUUCCGCGAUGAUUUCGAUAUAAUUGUUCCACCAAUUCUGGGACCACCUGGCGGAGAUGUCUGGCAGGAAUGCGCACAAAUGUUACCCGCGAGAAGAAAAUAUUUGCUGUCAUUCCAAGGAGAGAUGAGGACUUUCGUAGGCACACCGAUGACAUAUCAAAUUGACGACGCGGAUGUAGAUCUGGAAAAAUUGAUAAUCGACGACAACAAUAUAGACGCGUUUAUUAUUCAACAUCUAAAAGAUAUGAGCAGCGGAAUAACUUUGGACAAAUUCUUCAUUCAGUUUGAAUGUAUACCAGCUUCUGUGGAGAGCAAGCCUGUGGAAACACUCGAUUGGUCUCUUUGCGGAACUGACUCGUCCAGAAGAGCUAUAUUGAAGGAAUCGACGUUCGCACUGAUCUUAGCUCCCAGUAACGCUACGUUAUUAACUACCUCAUUCAUGCAGGCAAGACUGUACGAAGCGUUACGAGCUGGGUCGAUACCGGUUAUUCUCGGUGGUGAUCAGAUUUUGCUUAAUUAUAACGAAGUUAUUGCUUGGAGGAGAGCAGUUAUUUUCCUACCUAAGGCUAGGGUGACUGAAAUGCACUUUUUAUUGCGCGCUGUUCCCGACAACGAUCUUUUGACCAUGCGGAGACAAGGUCGACUAAUAUGGGAGCGCUAUAUGAGUACCGCUCAAAGUGUAGUGGAUACGACCAUAGCAGUGAUAAGAGACAGACUUGGUAUACCUCCGUUACCGGCGUCUCAAACAUCCAGUCCUAGUGUUUUUAACGAAAGCUUUGUGCCUUUAAAAUCGGAUACCAUUAUUGCUGAACCUGAAGCCGAAGAAAGUUUGGGUCCUCUAGAACCGCCGUAUCCAUCUCCUGCUUUCAAAAGAAUUNUACAACACUAUUACUGUGGCAAGAAUUAUAUUAUAUUUAUACUAUUUUAUACUUUCAUAGGCUCGGAAGUUGGCUUUCGACCUAUCGGUAAAGGUGCUGGAGGCGCUGGAAAAGAGUUUAGUGAGUCAUUAGGAGGAAACUAUCCAAGAGAACAAUUUACAAUUGUCAUGUUAACUUAUGAAAGAGAACAAGUUCUUAUAAAUUCACUGGCACGUCUCUAUGGCUUGCCUUACCUGAACAAGGUACUCGUAGUUUGGAAUAGUCCGAAACCACCUGUAGAAGAUCUGAAGUGGCCUGAUAUCGGCGUUCCUAUACAUGUUAUAAAAGCUCCAAGAAAUAGUUUGAAUAAUAGAUUCCUUCCAUUUGAUGCAAUUGAGACAGAAGCCGUCCUUUCUAUCGAUGAUGAUGCUCAUUUGAGACAUGAUGAAAUCAUGUUCGGUUUCAGAGUGUGGAGGGAACAUCGAGAUCGUGUAGUUGGAUUCCCUGGUCGCUUUCACGCAUGGGACCAGAAUUAUCAUAACGCUUGGAAUUACAAUUCUAAUUAUUCUUGCGAGCUGUCCAUGGUUUUAACUGGGGCUGCUUUCAUUCACAAACAUUAUACAUAUUUAUAUACGCAUUGGCUGCCACAGGCAAUAAGGGAUAAAGUUGACGAGUACAUGAACUGUGAAGACAUUGCAAUGAAUUUUUUAAUAUCUCAUCUUACAAGGAAACCUCCGGUUAAAGUAACAUCACGUUGGACAUUCAGAUGUCCGGGUUGUCCAGUUUCACUUUCAGAAGACGAUACCCAUUUUCAGGAGAGACAUAAAUGCAUCAAUUUCUUUUCACAGGUUUUCGGAUAUAUGCCUUUACUGAAUACACAGUAUCGAGCUGAUUCAAUAUUAUUUAAGACACGAAUACCACAUGAUAAACAAAAAUGUUUUAAAUUUAUAUGAAAAGGAGAUAAAUUAUAUAUAGAAUUUUUAUGUAGAUUCUAUAGGAUAAGAUUUGUACGACUUUGAUACAAUUUUAUGUAGCUCACUAUUUAAGAACUAUCAUACCGAAUAUUUUACAGAAUGCAUACAGGAAACACAAGGUACAGUAAGUUUAAUUAUAUAACAAGUCAAAAUGUCAAGAAAUAGUUAAACUUAAUAUCAAUGAUUAAGGAGUAGACAAAUGUUAAAUGUUACUAAUCUUUCUUUUAAUUUUUGUAAAAUAUUUAAUGAGAGACGAUGAUUACAAAUAAUCAAAAUAAUUCUGUAGAUAAUCUAUAAACGAUAAAGUGAAUAUAUAAUUGUAUAUGAUUCUUUCUUGCUUUAAGUUUACAUUGAAAUUGAUAUUUAGCAACAAAACAUUUAACAUUUUAGAAGGAUGUUUAUUUUGUAAAUAUAUAUUAAUUUGGUAUACUAUUCAUAUAUUAAUAUAGUAAUGUACUACAUAUUAAUAUACCCUAUAUAAGUGCACUAAAAUUUAGUUUACUUUAAUAUACUGUAUCACAAUAUGGUAUAUUACUGCCUGUUAGAAUAAUAACAAUGUACAAUUCUAAGAUAAAAAAUUUUAAAAAAGAUAUAAUUUUUAAACAAACGAA